AUGCUCGGCGGCCAGGCGCUGAGGGUGGCUGUUGAGCUCCUGGCCUGGCUGGAGACGCUGCCGGUGGCGGCGGCGGCGGCGGUGGGGGAGGAGGAGGUCGCGGAGGCGGCAGAGGGCGAGAGGGGGGAGGUGGCGGCGGGAGGCGCGGCGGGCGCGCCGGCGAAACAGGUGCAUGGGAGGGCUGAGCCGUCGAUCCGCGUGCUGCCGCUGCGGCACGGCCUCGCGGCGCCCGGCGGCGACGGCGGCGACGGCGGCGGCGGCGCACUGCCGCCGCUGCCGGGGCAGCGCAGCGUGCCGCCAGGGCAGCGCGUGGCUUCGUGGGUGUGA